GCCUCCCACAGCCGCGGGCCUCAGUUCCGAUCCAACCCGCGGAGGGCGCGCGUGUGUCACUCGCCCACGUUCCCGCGCUUUACGAAAACGAACACGUCGAAUUUUCAAAAUUCGAACGAACGAUGCGGACGAAUUGAAAUAAAGAAAAAUAAAAUUGUUUUCAUAAAUGUGCCAGUGACUAGGUUUUUUUAAACGGUGCCGUUCUUAGUGCGAUAUGGCGGCGAAAAUUUGGUGUUUAUUUUUGUGCUGUGCCACAGCGCUGGGCUUCAAUGUGGAUAUCCCGUCCCGGGUGGUGCACCGAGGGACCUCCAACUCCAUGUUCGGCUUCUCCGUGCAAGCCCACGUCGAUGGAGACCAGAAAAUGGUGCUGGUGGGUGCUCCGGAGGCGGACACGCGUCGCUUCACGGACGUGACGCGCCCGGGGGCCGUGUUCCGCUGCGAGCCCGGAGCCCCCGGCCGGUGCCGCGAGCUGGUCUUCGACAGGUCCACAGGCAACAACGUGGACAAGUCUAACAGACAGAUAGACCAGAAGUCCAACCAAUGGUUCGGAGCCACCCUCACCAGCACCGGGGUCAACGGCCCCAUCGUCGCGUGCGCCCCUCGCUACGUGUCCUACGUGUCGGCGAAGCAGAAUCAGCGCGACCCGGUGGGCUCGUGCUUCGUGGCGCGCUCCUCCGCCGCCUCCGAUGUGAACGAGUUCUCUCCGUGUAGGACUUGGUUCCGCUCCAUGGACGAAGCGAGCCACGGCCAGCGCAAGACAGGCGUGUGCCAGGCCGGUUUCGGCGCCGCCAUAUCAAAGGAUGGCCAGAGGUUAUUCUUAGGUGCACCAGGGAGCUUCUACUGGCAAGGACGAACGUUUUCGAUAGAUUCAAACGAAAGAUUCCUCUACUUUAUGCCGAAAAUACCAGAAGAAGGUCAGCUGCACUCUCAGAGUUUGGAGAGGAACUUGAUUCUGACGUCUACGCCCGAAGCGAGCCCCAAGUACGAUGACUCGUACAUGGGCUACUCGGUGGCGACGGGGGACUUCGCCGGCCAGGGCAUGCAGGGCGUCGCCGUCGGCGUGCCGCGAGGACAGGACCUCAGGGGCUUGGUGGUACUUUACACGUGGGAUCUCCAAAACAUCAGGAACAUCAGUGGUCCUCAAAUCGGAGCGUACUUCGGGUACAGCCUGGCGUCAGGAGACAUCGAUGGUGACGGCUUCGAUGACGUCAUCGUUGGCUCUCCGAUGUUCACACGGACGAAGGUUGAAGGCUAUGAGCACGGACGAGUUUAUGUCAUCUACCAAGGCAGGGAUCAGGCUUACGAAAAGAGUCACUGGCGUAACGGAGAAGUAUCGAAAGGCCGAUUCGGUUUAUCGGUUGCCUCUCUAGGAGACAUCAACUUGGAUGGAUUUGGAGACAUAGCAGUAGGGGCUCCCUACGGUGGCGCCGAGGGUCGCGGCGUGGUGUACAUCUACCACGGCAGCGAGCUCGGGCUCCGCAAGCAGCACUCCCAGCUGAUCACCGCCGAGGAGGUCUCCACGGGACCCCCCUUCCUCUCCACCUUCGGCUUCUCCCUGUCCGGGGGCAUCGACCUCGAUGGGAACAAUUAUACUGAUCUAGUGGUUGGAGCGUACAAGUCUGACAGCGCUGUGUAUUUUAGGUCCCGACCCGUGGUCAAGGUUAUGGCUGAAGUUAGGUUCAUGGGUGAUACGAAACUGAUCUCACUGACAGAAAAGAAGUGCAAGUUGGCCGAUGGAACCGAAGUCGUCUGCGCUCAGCUCAUGUUCUGUCUCACGUAUGACGGGAUCAAUGUUAACAAGCAAAUAAACUUCCGCGUGACCCUCGACCUGGACUCGAAGCAGAAGAGCAGCAAGCGGCUGUUCCUGCUGGAGACGAGACAGACCACCUACAGCGAGGACAUCUACCUGGCGCAGGGCAGGCAGGAGUGCCGCGACCAAACCGUGUUCUUGGAUGAGGACAUCCGCGACAAGCUGACACCCAUCGAGGUGGCCAUGACAUACGAGCUGGUGACACAGUACUCCGGUGACGUCAUCCCUCCCGUGCUCGACCAGACUAAGACCAACGUGUACACGGACUCGCUGAAUAUACAGAAGAACUGCGGCCCAGAUAAUGUGUGCAUUCCGGAUUUGAGGAUGGCUGCUACCACGCCAAACUUCAACUACGUCCUGGGAUCAAGUGAAAACGUAAACAUAGACGUGUCAGUCGACAACUCAGGCGAAGACGCCUUCGAAGCUGCCUACUACCUGCAGAUCCCUGCUGGAGUCACCUAUGCUAAAAUGGAGAGACUGGAUAAGGAUGUUGAAGAUGCUGUGCCGAUCUACUGCUCGAUUAGUAACAAGGAACCUAAGGGGAACAGCACGCUCAAGUGUGAUUUGGGCAACCCUAUGGCUAGUGGUCAGGCGGUGAAGUUCCGCGUGAUCCUGGAGGUGGACGCGCAGGUGCAGUCGCUGGACUUCCACAUGGUGGCCAACAGCACCAACCCCGAGCGAGACUCCGACUACGACAACGAGCAGCCGCUGCAUAUUGGGGUGGUUAUUAAGGCGCAUUUGUCUAUUAUUGGCACCUCAGACCCUCCAGAGCUCCACUACAACGCGUCGCUCUACGCCCGCGGAGACGAGCAAGUCACGGAGGACAUCCGUCUCGGCCCGCAGUUGAUACACAAGUACAACAUCAAGAACGAGGGACCCUUCGCCGUGGAGGCGGCUGAGCUGUACAUCAUGUGGCCUUAUCAGACGCAUACUGGCGAGAACCUGAUGUACAUGCUGGUGCAGCCGGAGUGGAUCGGCGACAUGCAGUGUGACGUGGCGCGCCACGUCAACCCCGACAACAUGUUUGUGCAUAACCCCUACAACAGCCCACUUGUGAAGGAGAGGCAAGCAAUGGCCAACAGCGAAUUUUACCAUGGAAUUCAGAUCAGUCGUGGUGGAGGAUAUUACGGACAGACAUACUUGGAACAAGGCAGCAACAGUCAAAACGUUGCCAGUGGCAACCAAUUUGCCGCCGGAAGCAGCCAAUUCGGAGGUAGCAGCCACCAUUACGCAUCAGGAAGUAACCAGUUCGCGUCCGGUGGUAACAACUACGCCGCAGGAUCUGGAUCGCAAUUUGCCGGAUCUGGAAACCAAUACUCUGGAAACACCAACCAAUUUGCCAGCGGUGGAGCCAAUUAUGCGGGAAGCCAAUCAGGUGGCGCAAGAACCCAAUACUCCACCAGCCAAACCGCCAAUAGGAACCAAUUUGCCUCAUCGGGCUCCCAGAAUUACGGAAGUGGUUCCCGAAGCUACGGAGAAGGUUCUCAAAGUUACGCAGGUGGCGCCCAGUCUUACGGGUCUCAAAGUUACGGAGCGGGAUCUCAGAGCUACGGCAGUGGUCAGGCAAAUGUUGCUGGUUCCCAGUCUUACGGUAGCCGUGGCCAGGUUUACGGCAGCGGUUCGCAAGGGUCGAGGCGCGAUGAAUACGGCCAAGGGUUCUCUCAUGAAGAAGAAGAGGCAAUCAGAAGGAACUUGGCUACAGCUGUGGCGAAUGCCAACGUGGCUGGUCAAGGGAACAGCCAGGGAGUGACCGGCAGUACCAUCACCAGGGCUUGGAAUAAGACAGUGAUGUACGAUGCCAGUGGAAAUGUCAUCUCUGAAACUGAAACCAGUACUGAAUAUGGAUCGUUAGGACGGGAGGGUGAAGCUGGCAGUUCGUUCAGGAAUCGAUUUGGAGCCGACGUGAGCCGUCAAUCGCACGGCGGCGCCGCGGCCGCCGCUUCAGGCAGGAGCAGCCAGGGCCAGUGGUCCCACUCCUACGCGUCCAACCACGCGGCUCCGGGACAGACCUGGUCCACAGAGGAGUCCGUCAACAGAGACGUCAUGAAAGCCGGCAGCACCUACCAAAGGGGAGGCUCUAAAGUCACUUACGUUGGCGAGGAAGACGAUGAGAUUGGAGGCUUUGGGGCAUAUGCUGCUCAGGGGUCUAACAACGAGUUUAAAUAUGGCGUGGCUGAUGUUUCUGGGGCCAGUACUCAUGGGGGCAGUGGAAGUGGGAGUGGGGUCGGGUACAGCAGCGGGGGUGGGUACCGGGAAGGGGCGGCGGGAGGGGGCGUGAGGCAGAGCGCUGGCUCCACGUACUCCAGUGGAGGAGGCGGUGGAGGAUACUCGUACUCCAGUUCUAGUCGGUCAGGAGGCUCCUACUCGGCUCACGCGGAGUCCGGCUACGGCACGGCGCAGUCCCGGCGCGAGAGCACGCGCCGCCGCCGCGACGACGCCGUCGACCCGCAGCUCAAGCUCAUGCUGGAGAGAUGCGAGGAGAAGUACCGCUGCGAGGUGAUCCGCUGCACGACGGGCCGCCUGCUCAAGGGGCAGGAGAUCUGGCUGGCGCUGCGGUCCAGGAUCAACGCUUCUGUCAUGUAUGAGAUAUCCAAAGAGAAGACAGUAAAACUGUCCACGCUAGCGACCACUCGCGUGACAAAGCUCCCCAUCGUGGACAAGCCAUCAGACCAGAGCUGGCAGACGGCCGAGGCCCAGACGCUGGUGACCCCACAGCUGGAGGCCCUGUCUUCGGGGUACAUCCCCUACUGGGUCAUCAUCCUGGCGGCUGUGGUGGGCGCGCUGUUGCUUCUGCUGCUGAUAUUUGCGCUUUAUAAGUGCGGCUUCUUCAAGCGCAACCGGCCGUCCGACCACACGGAGCGCCAGCCCCUCAACGGGCGCGACGAGCACCUCUGAUACCCCGCCCCGGGCACCAGUGACGGCACUAGUGACGUCACCAGCUCGGCCACGGACGCCGCCAGUGACGUCACCAGCCGCGACUCCAGCAGCUUCGAGCGCUACUGACGGGGACACGUGGCGGUCGUGCUCGAGUUCAGUGAGGAGUGAGUUCUUGGACAUUUUGUAGUGAUACCCUUGUUGCAAAGAUUGAGUAGAGUGGCGAGACAGUAUUCGAGGCCGAGCGGCUAGUAAUUGACUGUGCUUGGCUGGGGAUACUGUCUCGGCCGCUCUACUCGGUAGGCGUAAUCAGGGUAUAAAGCUGAGUGUACCUACUCGUUGAUGACUUUAAAGUUUACACAAUUUUCGUUUCGUUUCAUCGAGUGUUGUGUGAGGUUUUGGAAAGAGAGUAGGAAACAAAGCAAAGGAAACAAAGUAAUACCUACUAGUAGUUUUGUAAAGUGUAUAAAUAAAACCUCAUUGAUGUAUUCAGAUAGCUCAGCAGAAAAUCAUGUUUAGCUAUGAAAGUUUCGUAGAAAUGUCAUAGAAUUAGAUUUUGGUAAACCUAGCUUUAUCCAUAGAAGAGGAAAUAUCAAUGAACAAGAACUUAUUUAUUUUUUUCUUAUUGAACCAACACCACUGCCGCUGUCUUUGUGUAGAAAAUAUGUGACUUUACACGUCUUUAUUUUUGGUAGAUACAUACAUAGGUAAAAACAAGGGGAUCUAAUCAAGACAAAUGCUAAUAAUCUCUUGUUUACACAUGAGAAGGUCCCCAUUCUUUGAUGUAAAUAUCAUAUUGAUGUUUCACAGGCUUUUGUAAUUAAUAGAUACUAAUUACCGAUAGUAUUGUUAUUAUUGUGUAUCGUAUUUAAACUGGUAGCAAAAUUUUCUAAAGGUAAAAACAACCCAGUUUAAAAAACAUGUAGCAAGGAUAUUCGAUGUACUUAGCAAGAGAAAAACUAAAGCAAACAGUCGAUUGUUAGUUCGAUAUAGUGUUACAUUAUUGUUUUCUAGCUACUCUCUAUUUUAGACGUGUAUGAGAUAUCACUGACUAAAAUGUGCCUUUAAAAUAUUCUAAUUGAAACCGAGUUGCAUAAGAUUAGACAUAUUGUAUAUUUUUUAAUAAUUAUUUUACUAGUCACGAUAUAAAAAAUAAAUAAAACAUUAUAUAUUUCGGUAUGCCAUAUUAGGACUAGCGAAUUUCGAACUUAUAUACAUGUAUGUAAAAUAAAUACUUAUGUAAGAAAUGUUGGUGGAAAGUGUGAUAACAAGAGUUUGUGUAAAAUAUGUCUUAAUGUAUGGGAAAUGAUGAAUUGUGAUGUAAAUUAAUAUUAGCGACCUAGGUUUCUACGCACUAUAAUUAAUAAUUUAGUCUUCUGCUUCUCAAUUACUGAGAUAAUACUAUUUAUUAAGCCAUCGUUAUUUUGAAAUAAAAUUAAGUAAAUAAAACAGCUUCAUAUACUUACCGAAUUUCUUUAUAAUAAUAUGACUUGCACGCUAAUGGAUUAUAAACAUGGUGCUUUUCAAAUAAGCUUUCAGUGAAGUUUAAAUUCCAUUUAUGGAAUCUUUUAAAUUAUGAUACAAUAUUCACUGUGUGCCUUGUAAUAUAAUACCUAAAUGGGAGUUAUGGCUGCUAUAAUAUUAGGUAAAAAUAUUGUGCCUUUUAACUGCCAGUUGUUCUUCAAAAUAAUGUAAAUAUUAUGUAAUUUAGACUACUUAAAUUUAUUUCCACCUAAUUUAUCACAAAAACUUUAUGUGUGUUGUAUAGUUUAGGUAUGUUUAGUAGACUUUUUUGAACUCAGUAAUUAAAUAAUGACUUACAUCGUUUUUGUGAUAGAUUAGUGCGUGCCUUAUUUACAAUUAUAUAAAUGAACCUACCUUCCUAAACAAAAAACUAGAAAAUUUAUAAGUAGUUUUGGAUUAAAAUAUUGUUUCAAGCAAUACACAUACUUAUUUGGUUUCGCUUUUAGAUACACAAAAAAAAAUUAUAAGUGUAACAGCUUUCAGCAUUACAUUGCAAAUUUUCAAAUAGACGAGCUUAUGCAGUGGGAGGCACUAAGCAAACAUUUUUAACGAUAUUACCACAAAAAUUACUUACACGUAGGUAAAACAAGUCUGUAAACUGUACACUUCCGUACAGUUAGGUACUGUGCAGUUCUGGAGCUCUAUAGCUGUAUUAUGGUCUGUUAAAUGCAAUUUUGUACUUAAAGUUGAACAUAAAUACAAAAAUGUGCUUCAGGAUACCUACCUAACUUUGGAAAAAAUAUCACGCCAAUUUUUAAAUCAACAAGAGAAGCGUAUAUUUGUUUUAGAAAAUAAUAUAGAACUUUCUAAGGUCAACUAAACAAGGUAACAAAAUCAUAUUCGGUUGUCUUACUCGGUAACUUUUUGCAUUUACCAAAAAACUUACAAUAAAUUUUUGUUUUAAUUACAA